UCGCUCCUCUGCGGAUUCACCUUCAAUCGCUCUCAUCACGCUCUCUCAGUCCCAGAGAGAGUUUUAUAUAUGCAUGUGAGCAGAGUUAGCGAGUUCGCAAGGCAUCGGAAGCGAAGGGAGGGCGGAGAGACAUGGAGGUGGACAUGAAGAGCAUGGUGGUGGCUGAUGAGAAUAACAAGCAGCAAGAGAGAGCCCCAGGCGAGGAGAGCGAUGGCUCCCCAAAGAAAAGGAAGCUGGGAGGCAUCAAAACUAUGCCGUUCAUCCUCGCGAACGAGGUGUGCGACAGAUUCGCAGCGUCCGGGUUCCACGCCAACAUGAUAACCUACCUGACCCAAGUGCUGAACCUGCCAUUGGUUCAAGCUUCCAACACCCUCAGCAACUUUGCCGGGACUGCCAGCUUCACGCCGUUGCUUGGCGCUUUGCUCGCCGACGCGGUGGCCGGCCGGUACUGGACCAUCGUCCUCGGCUCCAUUUUCUACGAACUGGGUCUGAUUAGCAUAGUCCUAUCGGCAGUCCUCCCUUCCCUCCGCCCGCCACCCUGUCCGACCCAGGUGAACUGUCAGGAAGCCAACACCACCCAGCUGUGGGUCUUCUACAUCUCCCUUCUCCUCACCUCCCUCGGAUCUGGCGGCAUCCGCCCCUGCGUUGUCACCUUCGCCGCCGACCAGUUCGACAUGUCCAAGUCCAAGGUCACCUCCCGCGGGUGGAACUUCUUCAACUGGUACUACUUCAGCAUGGGCAUGGCCACGCUCACGGCGAUCACUGUGGUCGUCUAUAUCCAGGACAACGUGGGAUGGGGCUGGGGGCUUGGGAUCCCAGCAAUGGCCAUGGCAAUUUCAGUGGUGGCGUUCGUCAUCGGGUCGAGGCUGUACGUAAAGUUGAAGCCUGGAGGAAGCCCACUCACCCGACUAGCUCAGGUGAUAGUGGCGGCCGUGAAGAAGAGGAAUAUGCCGGUGCCAGAGGAUCCGGGGUUGCUGUACCAGAACAAGGAGCUCGACGCAGUCAUAUCCGUGCACGGGAGGCUAUUGCACUCGGAACAAUUCAAGUGUCUUGACAAAGCCGCGACGGUGACUGAAGAAGAAGCUAGGAAUUCAGGUCCACCGAAUUUAUGGCGGUUGGUCACGGUGCACCGCGUGGAGGAGCUGAAAUGCAUCGUCAGGAUGCUUCCGAUUUGGGCUGCCGGGAUUUUGCUGGUCACGUGUUCGUCGCACCUUGGCAGCUUCACCAUCAUCCAGGCUCGAAGCAUGGACCGUCACUUGUCCCGCUCCUUCCAAAUCCCACCUGCUUCGCUCUCCAUCUUCGCCAACUUAACCAUGCUCUCAGGUCUAGUUCUGUAUGAGCGUGUAUUCGUGCCCUUCAUCCGCCGAUUCACGGGGAACCCGGUCGGGAUCACGUGCCUCCAGAGAAUGGGGAUAGGAUUCACGAUAAACAUACUCGGCGGGAUAGUUGCGUCGUUUGUCGAGAUCAAGAGGAAGAAGGUCGCCGCCGCUUACCACCUACUGGAUGACCCGAAAGCCAUCAUACCCAUCAGCGUCUUCUGGCUGGUCCCUCAGUACGUCAUCCAUGGAAUAGCUGAGGUCUUCAUGUCCGUGGGCCACCUGGAGUUCCUGUACGACCAGUCACCCGAGAGCAUGAGAAGCACCGCGGCGGCGCUGUACUGGGUCGCCAUAUCGGGGGGGAAUUACCUCGGCACGCUGCUGGUGACCCUUGUCCACAACAACACGGGCAAGGAGAGGAACUGGCUCCCGAACCGGAACCUCAACCGGGGGAGAUUGGAGCGCUAUUACUGGCUCGUCAGCGGGAUUCAAGUCAUCAACCUCGUGUAUUACCUGGUCUGCGCUCGGCUCUACACAUACAAGCCUGUCGAGGAGUCGAUCUGCAAGGAAGACGAAGAGGCGGAGCCAGCGAAAGACGAAGUCCCGGCCAAGAACAUGGCCAACGGAGCUAAUGGGAAUGCAGGGGAGAUGGAGCUAAGUGCCGAUGCCGAGAGAGCUUAGAAAUUUGCUAGACUUUUCGGAGGCCUUCAUUGCUGCACCAUAGAUGUAUAUGUUAUGUACUGAUUAUAUCAGAUCAUGAUCUUUAAGUCACAUUUGAUAGGUGAAUAAAUUCGAAGAAUAUAUACAUAGUUAUUUAAAUUACCAUA